UCUUUUUGCGAUUUAAAGACGAUUUUUUUUGUCCCAAAGUCCGGCUACCUCAGUUUUAACAGCAAAACUACUUUUUGACCGUUAUCUGGAUUUCCGCCGCCAAACAUUCGCUUUUCUCUAAUGUCUCUUUGUGCUGUUGUUUCGUUUCAGGUCUGAGUCUGUCUCAGUGAAGAUCUGGCGUCGAGGAUUUUUCAACUGUGUACGAAGAUCAAACCCCAAAAAACUCAAUUUUUCUACUCGAGUAACGGACAUUCGCUUACUGCUUUUUUGAUCCAGAUUGUUCAAGAAGGAAAAGCUCAAUUUCAGCCACCACAAUCCCGCCCAUUAUGCCAUUUUUCAGCCAAUAAUGCUAAAGUCAUGACAGUUUACGUUCUCUUAAACUGUUAAAAAGCUGAAAAUUGUUGCUGUUAAGCACAAUAUAUUAAUAGCAACCCGAGACGCAGAGGAGAGGUAUUAAUAGUAAGUGUUCUUUCAAACCAAUUUGAAUCGAAAUUACGUACGUUAACCAAUUGUCUUUGUUGAAAAUGAUUCCAGAUAUAAAUAGAGAUAAAACUUAUAGAAAGAUCUCGAAUGUGGCGACCUAAAUGCGCCACAGUUUCUAGAGGCAGACAGCAUGCUGAGAUAAAGCGAGACAGCUAGCUAUAGCGUAUGAGCUCACAUUGCAAAGCCAAAGCAGCGGCUUCAACGCCCUGCUUCUCUUUGUGUGUGAGACGGAGAAAUCCUAAUGAUAAUUAAAGUAACGAUAAAUCAUCGAAUAAUAAGCUAGCCAUCGCUGAUCAUAAGCAAUCUGUACAUAAAGAUUGCCAUAGGCAGGAAGUGACUGCAUUCAAUUGGGGCUUUUUUUUUAUAAACUGCAUUCUUUUCAAAGGAGAGCUCACUGGAACAAUCAACGCAAUCUGCACAUAAAGAUUGCCAAGUGGCGCCUGUGGAUUUAGCCGAACGGAAAAAAAACCCCAGACUGAAAUGCAACAUUUUGUUCAUAAUGUCGUUAGGUGUUGUUAGUUGGCGGAGCUGGAUACAGUUUGAUGAAAUAAACCUCCCCAGGCAAUGAUAAAUUUAUAAAAUGCAUAGCAGUCUGACUAUAAAGAUUGCCUUUUUUGUGUUUUACGAGUGCGUAGAUAGGGUAUUAUUUGUCUUGUUGAUUUUGCUUUAAAAUGGCGGACGGGUUGUCCUUUGCUCGGAUCACUCGAGGCAAUGGUGGCUUUGUUUUUCUGACUGGAUCUACGGGAAAUACUGUAGUUCGGAACGGCUGUCUCGCGUUGCCAUCAUCCCCAUAUACAGCUCGAGGUAUCGUCUUAACAUCAGUGAAUCGCUAGCGGGGUAAAUAUAGUAGCACUUUGUAAAUGAGGAAGACAAAUGGCAGGCGUGGGGAAUAUAGCCGUUGUAUUUUUAAAAACUUGUUGGAAUUCAAAUAUGGCGACCGGGCACCCGUUCUAUCUAGCGAACACGAAGAGAAGUGGUUAAAGAUAGUGGGCGUGGCUUAGCUCCUACUCCAUCCAAUCAGAGGAGCCGUUGUCAGCUCAGGGCGAGCUGCUAUAUCAGAGAGGGAGACUUCGACAGAUGGCACAUCAAAUCCCCCUGUGGCCACUAUUGAGUAGAUGCAUAAAUUCAUAUAAAUGGCCUUUAGUCCGACCAACACUGGAUGCUCUGUUUUGACGAGUUAUAACACAAAACCUUUAAGCAAUUUGCUUAAAGAUGUCAGUUUGUUGCACUAGAUUAAAUGUUGAAAGUAGGUAACAUGGGUUGAACUUGUGCUGUAGGAAGGUUAUUAUGCAGGAAGGUGUGGAAUAUAAUCAGUUUCAGUUUUAUUUUCAAAAGUUAGACUAGUUUUUUCACAUCUACAUUUCAUCAAAAAAAAAAAAAAAACUUGACAGAUACAAUGUUAAUAUUUUCUUUACAGUGAAUGUACAAUCUUGUUGACUUUUUCUUGUUUGUUAUGACAACUGACGUUUCCAGGAAUUGUGUGUAUUGUUCCGUGUUUAAGGAGUUCGGUUGUGACUAUAAAAAGUUCUUCAACAACAGUGUUACGGUAAGCAGUUAUGGCCGUGGGCCCGGUGGACCCCAGAGAGGUGCUGAAAGGAGUGGAAGCUCUGCUGGGGAAGGAUGGAGAGCUACGUAGUCUUGAGGGAGUCGCUAAAGUCUUCAGUCUCAUGAAGGCCUCGCACAAAAUGGUCAGCAGGUGCAUGUAUCUGAACAUCUUACUCCAGACAAAAUCACAUGAUGUACUUAAUCGAUUCAUUCGAGUUGGAGGCUACAAGUUGUUGAACUCUUGGCUCACUUACUCAAAGACCACCACCAACACCCCCCUGCUGCAGCUCAUACUGCUCACCUUGCAGAAACUCCCUCUGACCGUGGACCACCUCAAACAGAACAACACAGCCAAGCUGGUGAAACAUCUGAGCAAGAGCGGUGAGACAGAAGAGCUGAGGAAGCUGGCGUCAGUGCUGGUGGAAGGCUGGAUGGCUAUUAUCCGCUCUCAGAGCGUCGCCAGUGGUGUGUCACCCAAUGACAAGAAACGAAAAAAGGAGGAUGGAAAAGUGCGUCCAGAGGUGAAGCCCAGAGAAAAGGUUGCAGAAGAGGAGAAGAAGAAAGACAAACCAAAAGCUUAUGCUCCAAGUCACGCAAAGAUCCGCUCUACAGGUUUGGAGGUUGAGAGCCUAGCUCCAGUUCCUGUAAAGAAGACCCCGACUGCACCACAACUUGGAGACAAAUACAACAUCAAGCCAGCUAUGCUUAAAAGACCAAGCACAUCGCCGAAUGACGCACCACCAGUGGAGAAGAAGUACAAGCCGCUUAACACCACCCCCAACUCUACCAAAGAGAUCAAAGUCAAACUUAUACCCGCACAGCCGAUGGAGGCCACUGGAUUUUUGGACGCCCUCAACUCCGCUCCAGUCCCUGGCAUCAAGAUCAAGAAAAAGAAACCAAAAGCCGUUUCCCCUACCACUAAUAAGCCCUGUCCAUUUGACGGCAGGCCACAGCCAUACUCUGGCUCACAGGCCAAACCGUCUUCCCCUGAGACUCCUUCAUCUCAGACCCCUCCUCAUGAAACCCAAGACCUGGAGCAGCCCGGCACACCUGUGCCCACCGAGGACCCUGAAGCCAUGGACACUGGUGAUAAACCCAAUGCUCUGUCUGAACCUCGCGGCGAGGAGGAGACUCUGACUAAGAAAGGAAAGAAAAAGAAAAGCGUUCGGUGGGCGGAAGAGGAUCAUCUCAAAGAGUACUUCUACUUUGACCUGGAUGAGACUGAGAGAGUGAACGUCAAUAAAAUUAAGGACUUCGGUGAGGCUGCUAAACGGGAGCUGAUGAUGGACAGGCAUACGUUUGAAAUGGCUCGUCGUAUUUCUCACGACACCAUGGAGGAGAGGGUGCCCUGGACUCCACCGCGACCCUUGACCCUUAUAGGCUGCCUGGUCAUUGCAGGUGCCAGCAGCAAAGAGAAGAUGAUUCAGAGAGACCGAGAGAUGGGCAUUCUGCAGGAGAUCUUCCUCAGCAAGGAGAGUGUUCCAGACAGUCCUCAUGAACCAGACCCUGAGCCGUAUGAGCCCAUGCCGCCUCGUCUCAUCCCAUUGGAUGAGGACAGCAGUAUGACGGAGGAAAAUUACAUGGAGCCCGUUGACACUGCUCUCUCUGGUGGCUCUUCUGGCCCUAAUGAAGGCUCCAAGCUUCCUCCUGUUCUAGCCAACCUCAUGGGCAGCCUGGGCAACAGCGGCCGCAGCCCUCAGGCGCAAGGCAGCGCCCCACCAGCCAACAAUAACCCCGCUGUUAAUGUCCAGGAACUGCUCUCAUCUAUUAUGGGUGCUCAGGGAUCUAACCAAUCUCCAGAGGACCUGAUCAAACAGCCUGAUUUCUCUGACAAGAUCAAGCAGCUUUUGGGCUCUCUGCAACAGAACCAGAAUCAGAACCCGCCUCCAAAUGCUCCACCAAUGAACACCGGUCUGCUUGGUCAUGGCCCCGGCAUGAACAUGAACAACAUGAACAACAUGCAGAUGCCCAUGAAUGGUGGUUUCCCUCCCAACAAGCCUCCUGGACCACAUUUCAACCAUCCUCCACCUCCUCCUCCACACGGCCAUGGCCCACCACCCUUCAACCCUGGCGGCCCGCGCAUGAUGGGUCCCCCACCCGGUCCACAGGGCCGUGGGGCAGACAACGGCAAUUACUGGGGCGAUGACUCCAUGAGAGGAGGCCCACACCGAGGAGGUCACUUUCACCGGGGACGAGGGAGAGGAGGAGAUCCGGGAUUCAGAGGACGAGGGGGACGCGGAGGACCACGUGGAGGACAUAACAGCAUGGGCGACAUGUCAAAGAGGCCAGUUUGUCGCCAUUUCAUGAUGAAAGGAAACUGUCGGUAUGAAAAUAAUUGUGCGUUUUACCACCCCGGUGUGAAUGGACCACCUCUUCCUCCCCAGCACGGACACUAACACACUGAAAAGCUGCAACUCCUUGAACUUGCCACUAGUGGGCAGCAGGACUCAUAAUGAGCCUCGUGUACAGGGACUGAACCUGACUCGCAGAAACAGUAUGAUGUGGAGGGGGAUGUUUGCGUCUGUGACAGCACAAUCCCAUCUGCUUCCUCCGCCUGUACAGUUGCUUCAUCGGGAUCUGAACACAAACAGUUUCUUCUUGAUUCUACACCACUUUCCCUGAUCUGGAAAGCUGGGAGAAGAUCUGAGAUCCUCUAUGAAGAGUCAGACAGUGACUAAACCCAUUACUUGACUUUGGGGCCUACAUGUAAAUACUCAUUCCUGGAGAUGGUGAUUCAUAUGUAUAUUUUUUAUUGUGAUUUUGUGUAUCACUGACCUGACUGCUAAAGAUUGUACUACAUUGCUCUGUAACCACUAGGAAUCGUCUUCACCCAGUGGUUACUUCAGCUUCUUCUGGUGCCCAAAACCCCAAGAUACUGAAAGUGCAAUUUUCCAAACUAUAAUUUGCACAUCAGAUAUUAGUGCAACUAGGAUUUGCGUAAUGAAAUUGACACUUUCAGAAGUUAUAAGAGCACAGAAAUUUUAUUUUAAGAUUCUUCUGGUUGAAUUCAGACCGUCGGAAGCUGCCAGAAGACGGCGUCUUGUUUGAUGUUUUAUUUUCAGGUUUCUAUAGAAGACGGAGAAACUAUCCUUCUAUGAAAUGUGCACAUGCUUUAAAAUGGGCUGAUUUUCAGUCAGCUGGCAUGGAAAGAGCCUCAAGUCAUUUUCACACCUGGUCCUUCUUUUUUCAAUGCUUUUCAGUUCCAAAAAAACACCCGACCGAUAUUCGUCUAUAUAUUGUAGCACUGAAUUGUAUUUAUGAAUUGGCAUUAUGUUCACUGUAUGCCCGAAUUGGAAAUAUCGAGGGGUUAA